CAUUCCACCAGAAGCUUCCAGAAGAGCCCACAUGAAAAAGCCCUCAACAAUACUUCUAAACAACUGUGGGGAAACACACUUGGGAUACCCUGCAAGUUCCUGUAGCUUUUGGUAAAUGAUGCACCAGGUGUCUAUAAAUUCCCCUGAAAAGUUUUUUUGAAAAGAUGACCAGCAAGAAGAAGUAGAGCAGCAAGGAAUUGGAGGCUGUAGCUGAAACAUGGCUCAGAGUGACUUCCUCUACCCAGAAAACCCAAGGAGGCGGCAGGAGGUGAGCCGCCUUCACCGGCAGCUCCUGGACUGCUUGUCUGACAGCUUCCAGGUCACCAACAAGCUCACCGGGGUUCUCAACACCCACCUGGGUUGUAGGCUGGACUUCAUUGAAAUGAGAAGAGAUGGCACCAUUAAAGAAAACUGUGACAUCAUUAUCCAAGCAGUGAUCAAAAUCCAAAAAGAACUGCAAAAGGUUGACGAGGCACUGAAAGACAAGCUGGAGCCAACCCUCUAUCGGAAGCUUCAGGAUAUUAAGGAAGGAGAGACAGAGAAGAUUGCAAUCGUACAAAAGGUAAUUUCUGUCAUCCUUGGAGAAGCUACUUCUGCGGCCAGCGCAGUGGCUGUCAAACUCGUGGGCUCAAAUGUCACAUCUGGCAUAAUUAGCAAGCUGGUCACGGUGCUCGCUCACAUCGGGACCUCUCUCCUCGGCAGCAUUGGCGUUGCCGUGCUUGGCCUUGGCAUAGACAUGAUCGUCUGAGCCAUCCUGGGAGCAGUGGAGAGGACGCAGCUUCAAGCAGCCAUCAAGAGCUACGAGACGCAUCUGGUGGAAUUCAAGGCCGCCUCAGAAAAGUACCACCAUGCCAUCACUGAGGUCGCUGGUGCUGUGAAGCGCCAGUUAAGAUGAACGGUCACAUGUCUACCGCGGGGCUAGCUCUCUGCUUCCCUCUCCAUCAUGCUUACUUCUUUACCUACUUUCAUUCCCCAAGUGCCUCCGAGAUGACCACAGAUAGAAUAAAAAUUUGGAAUUCUUGGGAUCUGUGUCAACGAGUGCCCGAAUCAGCUGUCCUAGCCCCCGGGCGAUAAGGCUCUAUCUAGUUUUCUUACCCUGCUCUCAGAACCACUGGGGUGUA